AUGGAGGAAGAUGGGGAGGCGAACAGCGAAGACCCUAUGGCAGUGGUGGGCAGUGAGUCCGGUCUGACGGGGACAGAGGCCGAAGGGUCCAGGAUAGACGCCAGCAAAAACCAAGAUGAUGAAGGGAAAAUGUUUGUUGGGGGCCUGAGCUGGGAUACGACUAAGAAAGACCUGAAAGAUUACUUUUCCAAAUUUGGCGAGGUUUUAGACUGCACACUGAAGCUUGAUCCAGUGACCGGGCGCUCAAGGGGCUUUGGUUUUGUCCUCUUUAAAGAUCCUCAAAGUGUUGAGAGGGUUGUUUCACAAAAUGAGCAUAAACUAAACGGCAAAGUAAUUGACCCCAAAAAAGCCAAAGCUAUGAAGGGAAAAGAACCAGUGAAGAAAAUCUUUGUGGGAGGUCUCUCGCCAGACACUCCAGAAGAGAAAGUAAGAGAGUACUUUGAGACCUUUGGAGAGGUGGAGUCUAUUGAACUUCCCAUGGAAAAUAAAACCAAUAAACGCAGAGGAUUCUGUUUUAUAACUUUUAAAGAGGAAGAGCCAGUUAAGACCAUCAUUGAGAAAAAGUUCCAUAACAUUGGUCUAAGCAAGUGUGAAGCCAAGGCUGCCAUGUCAAAGGAGCAGUACCAGCAGCAGCAGUCCUGGGGCAGCAGGGCGGGGUCUCGGGGAAGAGGUGGUCCUAAUCAAAGUUGGAACCAGAAUUACGGAUAUUGGAACCAAGGUUAUGGAAAUUAUGGAUAUAAUCAAGGCUACGGAUACAAUGACUAUGAUUAUUCUGGUUAUAACUACUACGGUGGAUACAACGAUUAUGACAGUCAAUCAGUUACAAGCCGUAUUGAGGGGGAAACCAAGAAGAACUGCAGGUGUGUUGAUUCCCGCAUCUGUCCGUCACGUGGCGCUGUGUCCCUAACGCACGCUCAACGUCGGAAAAGGGCCACAUCACUUGGGUUGAGAAGAGGCCUACUUACCCCCCGCUGUGAAGUGCAGAAGAACUGGACCGAUAGAGAGCAAAGUGCUGCGUCUGCUGUAGGCGCAGAUAUUUGCAAGGCAAUAAGGGAGGUGUCGUCUGUUGGCCUCCUCUACUUCAUUUCCUCAUCCUGUUUUCAUCAGCAAGCGCCUCAAACCUCUCUUCUUGACGGCUUUAACGCACAGUUUUUUGUAUUUUCAAAGAUGGACCCAAAAACAUCAGGCAAGAAGAACUUCCUCUUCACCUCGGAGUCUGUGGGAGAAGGACAUUCAGAUAAGAUGUGUGAUCAAAUUAGUGAUGCUGUACUUGAUGCAUAUUUAAGUAAGGACCCUGACUCUAAAGUGGCCUGUGAAUGUGUUGCAAAGACUGGCAUGAUUUUAUUGGUUGGUGAAGUUACAUCUAAAGCCACCGUAGAUCUUCAGUCUGUUGUCCGAAACACCGUGAAGAAGAUCGGCUAUGAUGGCUCAUCCAAAGGAUUUGACUAUAAGACUUGUAACGUGCUGGUGGCACUUGAGCCACAAUGUGUGGAAAUCUCAGACUGUGUUUUUGAAGGCAGAAACCAAGAGGACAUUGGUGCUGGUGACCAGGGUCUAAUGUUUGGAUAUGCCACAGAUGAAACAGCAGAGUGCAUGCCUUUGACCAUACUCCUGGCUCACAAACUCAACUUCAAGAUGAGGGAGCUGUCUCAAAGUGGAGAAUGUCCUUGGAUACUACCUGACUCCAAAUCCCAGGUGACUGUGGAAUAUAAAGACAACAUGGGGGCCAUGGAGCCACAGCGAGUUCACACAGUGGUAAUCUCAGUGCAACACAGUCCUGACAUCGCACUCGAGGAGAUCAGGCACCAGCUGAUGAAGAAGGUGGUGAAAGUUGUCAUUCCUGACAAGUAUCUCGAUGACAAGACCAUCUACCAUCUCCUUCCGAGUGGAAUGUUCCUUUAUGGUGGACCACAGGCUGAUGCAGGCCUCACCGGACGUAAAAUCAUUGUUGACACUUAUGGAGGCUGGGGUGGUCACGGAGGAGGGGCUUUCUCCGGAAAAGACUAUUCAAAAGUGGACCGCUCUGGAGCAUAUGCUGCUCGCUGGGUCGCUAAGUCUUUGGUGAAAGCGGGACUGUGCAGACGAGCCCUUGUCCAGAUCUCAUAUGCCAUUGGUGUCAGCCAUCCACUUUCCAUCUCUGUGUUUCACUACGGCACAUCAACCAGAGAUGAAGAUGAGUUGCUUCAAAUUGUACAAAAGAACUUUGACUUGAGACCAGGAGUGAUUGUAAAGGACUUGGAUCUAAAAAGACCCAUUUACCAGGCCACAUCCUGUUAUGGUCACUUUGGCAGAGAAGAAUUUCCCUGGGAGCAGCACAAACCUUUAAUCUUCUAA